UAUUGGAGUCUCCUAUGGUUUCUGAAAGUUUCACAAGUUAGGUUGCUUGCGCAAAGAUGAUCUGUUUCUCUCUGGUUGGCUAGUUGCCUUCCGCCCCAAGCCUAAAUCUCUCCUAUCCCAAACCUUCCUCUCUUUACUUUUCUCACUUUCAGGCUACCCGCUUUUCCUCUCUCUCAAACCUUUUACAAUUAUUUCGUCCCUAAAUCUCUAAUUUUUCGUCACCUUUUCAUAACCCAAAUUAAAGCUCGAUUCUUUGGCUGCUGCCUCUUGAGUUUUCUCCCCCGUGUCAUAAAAUUUGAGCUAUUUGAGGAAAAGGGUAUGCUCUGAUAUUGGUGUUUCAAUGGCAAUCAAAUCCUAUGAGGGGUUGGCUGAGCAAUACCUCCUCUCUGACCCUAUUGUUCCUUAUACGUCUAUGCUUUUUGGGAUUCUGGCUUGCAAAUUGGUUUAUCAUGUUAACCAUUUGUUCAGUGCUGCUUACUUCAAGGGCUAUUCUGGCCUUUCGAGAAUGAAACGUAUUGAGUGGAACAAUAGGGCUAUAUCAACACUUCAUGCCAUUUUUAUCACGGCUAUGUCAUUGUACUUGGUGUUUUGGUCGAAUCUCUAUUCUGAUUAUGCUGACAACCAACACAAGCCUAUUGUUACUUUCCAGAGUUCUCUGUUGUCUACAUUUGUAUUGGGGGUUUCAGUUGGGUACUUCCUAUCGGACCUCGGGAUGAUCAUUUGGUUUUACCCUGCUCUAGGAGGAUUGGAAUAUGUUAUUCAUCAUCUUCUUUCUAUAACAUCCGUAGCAUAUGCAAUGUUGACCGGGGAAGGACAAUUGUAUACCUACAUGGUUCUUAUCUCUGAGACAACCACCCCUGGUAUCAAUUUGAGAUGGUAUCUUGACACUGCUGGAAUGAAGAGGACUAAAACUUAUAUGAUAAAUGGCGUUGUAAUAUUCAUUGCUUGGCUGGUUGCCAGAAUCCUCCUGUUCAUGUUUCUGUUCUACCAUAUCUACCUGCAUUAUGAACAGGUAAAGCAAAUGCAUGCCGUCGGACAAUUUUUAGCUUUCGGGGUGCCACCGAUGCUAGCUGUGAUGAAUUUGAUGUGGUUUUGGAAGAUUUUAAGGGGGUUGAAGAAGACAUUAGCAAAGAGGCAGUGAGCUAAAUUUUGAUGGGGGCCAGUGAUAUCCAUUCAAGUAGGAUUACAACAGAUAUAUUUAAUGGUAUAUCCAGAUGCAUACAAUCUCUAUAUAUCUAUAAAUCCCCUUGCGGACCCUGAUUGUCCCCAUGACAUAUGUAAAUGGUAUAGAAAGUUCUCGGUGUAUAUAUAUGAGCAACAUCAUAUCUUAUUUAAUGCAGAUCUAUAGUUUUAGUGGA